AUGGAUUUCGGAGGCAAGGGUUUGGGACAUUUCAGCCCGGCCGCACACGAACUCGCAUCGAAAACUUUCAAAAGAACACCUAAUGGCUUGAUUUUCACAGAGGAUUUGAAAAGAGUAUUUUCUAUUUUACUGAUUUGCCUGGAACUGAAAGAGAAGCCCAGCAUACCACAGAAAAACCCGCUGAUUCCAUCAUUCCAAAAAACCUAUCCAUUCUCUUUUAGUCUGCAGGACGCCAUUUCGAAAAUGGCUGAUUUGAUUCUGCAAGUAAAUAUGAAUACCACUAAAGUGUCAGUUUCGUACUCCAUCCAGCCAGAGCUAGCAUGCAGGAUGCUAAGGACUUUCAUGGAUGCCAAGCUUUUACACGUGCCGGCUGAUAGGACUCGAGCCGAGCUCAAAGACGGAGUCUCUAUCCAGCCUACUCCAAAAGGUGUGGCCGUACUACAACGCUACACACGCCAAACGGGACUCAAGGACGUUCCGCCUAUUUUAAAAUCCGACCUCAACUCGAUGGAACUUUUCACUUUUGAAAGAAGCUCCAUGACCGAUGCCAUCAUACACAGCGACUACUUCGUUUCGCUUUUAUUCGUGAAGUUGAUGGGGCCUACAAAAAACAUUUGGUCGCCGGACAACGGACCCGAUAAGGUGCCAACGCUAGCGAAACUAUUAGAAUGUGCCGAUGAUACUUUUAGCUUUGAAAGCAUCAAUGUCGCUUGGAGCGGAUACAGCCAAACUGAGGCAAGGCCGCAUCAAAGUGGUUCUCAUAUUGACCCCGACUCAAUUCCAAAUAUCCAAGACCAAUACCGAAUUUCACCCUUGUCCCACCGUUUUUUCACUAACCCAGAUUCUACUUCUCAUACGCAGUACUACACUUCAAGUAGCGGGGUAAGGCUUUUCAAUACCAAAACUUUCGGGAACGAAAGAGUCUUGUAUGAGUGUACUUUUUCAACGAAAGCUAUCUGGCAAUGGCUUAUGGAUUGCACUGAUAUCGUCUAUCCAAAAGAAGCUGUCACGGUCGCAUCAUUAUUUUUAAAAAACGGUCUCAUAAAACCGAUCACUUUGGCACCGUCUGACAACCAUAAGCAUAGGUUUUCCAUCGGACCCAACUGCUUUUUCACAUUGACCCAGUUAGGAUGGGAAAGCGUUCAAUGGAAAUCUGAAAACAGCAUCAGGGCUUUUCUAGCAGGCGUGGAUUCGCGCAAGCUGACUUCGCCCCAAGAUUACAAUGAGACCAAACCAGAAGUUUCACGCUCAAGUUCUGAUUUGGCAAGUGGGCACAAACCUGCAUAUUUCACGGACCUAACUCAUGUUCUGCGCGAUCCUGGUAUGAGGUAUUUGUUCCGAACGCACCUUGAAAGAGAAUUUUGCGUCGAGAACCUUGAUGUCUACAUCGAAAUAAAGAAAUUCCUUAAGCGAAUGACCGUUCUCAAAAACUUAUUGGACACUAAGUCAUCUAAAGAAUCAGAUAACAAUAACGUCUCGAAAUCUAAACACUUCAGUGACCUUGUAGUCAACACUAUUAACCAUGCUCUGUUUAGGCAAUCAAACGAGUGCUUGGAGACCGCAUAUCAAAUUUAUUCAUCUUUCAUUGCCCAAGGCUCACCUUAUCAGCUCAACAUCGACCACACGCUGAGAGAAUCAAUAACGGAGGUGAUAUUGUAUCCCCAACCUUGCAUGUUCAUAUCCUGCUCUGAGGAAGCUACUGUUACCGAGAAUUUUACAAAGCGUGUGGACGGCAAAGCUGGUAUGACCAUACAAAGUGAAAUCAACUAUCCCAACAGACUGGUACGUGACAACGAAAUACAAUCUAUUAAACAUGGCGAUACGCGAAAGGACGUUCUUCGCGAACACUGCGGUGCUGGCGAAAGCGCAAACGAAAUCAUAGGAGAUAAUUUUUCCGGCAUUCUGAAAACUUUGAAGCUCAUUUAUCCUCUUUUCGAAAAAGUUGCAAACUCAAUGUACCGACUCAUGAGUGUCGAUUCUCUCCCGAAGUUUAUAAACUCUGAUUUGUACCAAGAAGCAGCGGUGAUGUUAAAUUUUGAGGGGAAGAUCUCUUAA